AUGGAUUAUAUCAAUAGUAAGCUGUUCGCAGACGUGGAGGGAACGUGCACAGGUAGAUAUGGGUAUAUAAUCGCUGUAUUGUCGAUAUCGGAUCCAGGAUCGGGGACAGUUAUACCAGGUGUUGGUACAGCAGAGUUCGUGGUGAAAUACACAGCCAUCGUGUAUAAGCCAUUUAAAGGGGAAGUAGUGGAUGGGAAGGUGGCAAAUGUCAAUAAGAUGGGAUUCUUUGCAGACGUCGGACCACUUCAAGUAUUCGUUUCUAGUCACUUGAUCCCUCAAGAUAUAAAAUUCGAUCCCAGUGCGACUCCACCUUGCUUUAGCUCAGAAGAUCAAGUUAUUGAGAGGGGUUCUAAAGUCAGGCUUAAGGUUGUUGGUACGCGUGUGGAUGCAACAGAAAUUUUUGCAAUUGGUACUAUAAAAGAGGAUUAUUUGGGUGUACUUGAUUAG